AUGUUAUUGUUUCACAAGCUAAUUAUAUUAGUGCAUUUCAUGCUUAGGAAAGGUUAUAUACAUUGUUUGAAUCAUUGCAUGUUAUGUAUGCACAUGAAAUAAAAAUUCAAUGUGUAAGAGUGACACUUUCUAUUUGGAAAUAAACACCAAUAAUUUGCACGGGUUCCCGCCAAACGAUUCUUUAACAGAUUCGGUGCAAGAAAACUUAUUAAAAUUUGGAAAAUCAUUAACUGUUGCAAUGAAAGACGGAAGCAGAUUGUUGUCUAUUCUUCUGAAAGCUUCAGAAAAAGCAGCAAAUAUUGCAAGAGCUUGCAGGCAUAAUGACGCUCUAUUUAAAUUACUUGUACAAGAAAAAUCAGAGGAAGAAAAGAAUCCACGCUUCUUCCAAGAUUUCAAAACCUUAGCAGAUGUUCUUAUUCAAGAAACGAUCAAACAUGACAUAGGAUUAGAGUUUCCAGAACUGGCUAAGGUAGUGCAAGGAGAGGAAACUAAUACAUUCAGCAAUGCCAUGGGUGAAUCUAUAGUGGUUGAAGUAUGUCCGACUGUUGAAGAAACCACUAAACUAUUAGCCAAAGUGAUGGGUAGUGAUAUUGCAACUGCUGAAUUAUUAGCCACUGAAGUUCAUAAGGAUGUCCAAUUCUUAGAUAUUCCAAUGGUAGUAGAACUACCUUUUGAUUUUGAUAUUGAUAUUUAUGAUCUUGGUAUAUGGAUAGAUCCAAUUGAUUCAACUGCUGAUUAUAUAAAUGGGAGUGAAAAGAUAGAUGAAGUCACUGGCGUACAUAUGAGUGGUUUACGAUGUGUCACUGUCUUGAUUGGAGUAUUCUUGAAAAGCACAGGCAUACCAAUUGUGGGAGUAAUUAAUCAGCCUUUUUAUACAAAUGUGGAUUUACGAUGGAAAGGCAAUUGCUACUGGGGAUUUAUGAAAAAAGAUGUUGGGACAUGUUCUAUAGUGAAAGAAACUACCAACAAAAAAAUAAUUGUCCUGAGUAGAGUUGAGGAUGAAAAUGUGAAAUCUAAACUCUUAGGCGCUGGUUUCACUUUAGUGGAAGCAGCUGGGGCUGGUUAUAAAAUAUUAAGCGUUGCCCUUGGACAAGUCGAUGCUUAUAUUUUAUCUAAAGGAUCUACAUACAAGUGGGAUACUUGUGGCCCACAAGCUCUUCUACGUUCUUUAGAUGGUGGUAUUAUUGAAUUCCAAAGUUUUAUAAGUAAUCCUGAUUCUGACUAUAUGGAUGUAAAAUAUUUACCGAUGUCUACCAAUUUGUCAAAUAGCAAUGGUUUGAUAGCGUACCGAAACAUUGAAACUUUGCAAACAUUAAAGUCGAUUUUAUGCAAAUAAUGGUAUUAUGUUAUGUACUUAUUUUAUUUAUUGAGUGCUAAUGGUACGUAUUACAUAUAUAUAUUUGAAAGUACUUUAGAAAGGAUUUAAUUCAUGCUGCAUUUAUUAAAUGCAAUUUUAUUUAUUUAAUAUUAAUUUUAUUUUUUUAACUUUUUAAUUAUUCGGUAACAAAUGUUUAUUGUAUUCGAUAUAUAUUUUAUUAUUAAUUUAAUUUAAUUUAAUUUUUAAUAGUACUUCUACAAAUCAAUCAUGCCUCUAUGGUGUGUAUGUAGGCUAACUCUAAUAGAAGUUCUGUUUUUGAUUUUAUGCAAAUAUAUAUUUUAGUUUAAAUUUAAUAAAUACAAUUUUAAGCAAAAAUUUUAGAAAUUGGAAUUUGCAUCGAGUAUAUGGAAUAUUUUUAAAUCUAUCUGAUUUUUUUGCAUACUAAGUAUUUAUCGUUUUUAAAUAUGACUAAUGUUGUUAUUUAAAAUCAUAAAUGUUAAAUUAUAUAAAAUGUUAAAGAAUGUUAUAUAAUAUCACAACUAAACAAUAAAAAUGGUUUAUGUUUCA